UCAGGGGGGACAUGAGGAGCAAAUACAAUCGAAGCCCCCUAUUUCAUCAUCAUCUCAUCCAUUGUUUGUGUGUGGGUCUCUCUCUCUCUCUCUCUCUCUCUCUCUCACAUACAUACACAUGGGGGAGCAAGCCGCACAAUCAACCAUAACCACAACCUCAGCAGGAGCAGCACUACCGGCAUCUUCCCAUCAUCAUCAUCAUCAUCAUCAUCAUCAAGAGAACCCUCUUCCUUCUUCUCUUCCAAACCCUUCUUCCAAGAUCCCCUUCCGCCCCAGGAAGAUCCGGAAGCUCUCUUCCUCUUCUCCUCUUCAACGAGGAGGAGAAGAACAAGUAGAACAAGAAGAUGAAGAGAAUUUCAAGGAGAAGAAGAAGAAUAAUGAAAAGAAGAAGAAGAAAUCUCUACAGACAACCUCCACCACUACUACCACCAGACUCCCUCUCUCUCUUCCUCCUCCUCCACCAAGAACCCUAUCCAGCGAAGGCGAGAUCAGUCUGGCCCUCCGCCACCUUCGUACCUCCGAUCCCCACCUCGCUCGCCUUAUCGACAUCCACGAUCCUCCUUCCUUCCACAACCUUCACCCUCCCUUCCAUUCCCUCGCCCGCAGCAUUCUCUACCAGCAGCUCGCCUUCAAGGCUGCUGCCUCCAUCUACUCCCGCUUCCUCUCCCUCUGCGGUGGCGAGGCUGGUGUUGUCCCUGAUUCUGUCCUUGCCCUCACCCCUCAGCAGCUCCGCCAGAUCGGCGUCUCUGCCCGCAAGGCCACCUAUUUGCACGACCUCGCCUCUAAAUACCGAGGCGGGAUCCUCUCCGACUCCUCUAUUGUGGCCAUGGACGACAAGUCCCUCUUCUCCAUGCUCACCAUGGUCAAAGGCAUUGGUGCCUGGUCUGUCCACAUGUUCAUGAUCUUCUCCCUCCAUCGCCCGGACGUCCUCCCUGUCGGUGACCUUGGUGUCCGGAAGGGCGUCCAGCUUCUCUACAAUCUCGACCAGCUCCCUCGCCCCUCUCAGAUGGAGCAGCUCUGUGACAGAUGGAGGCCAUAUCGCUCUGUUGGCUCCUGGUACAUGUGGAGGCUUGUGGAAGCAAAGGGCUCUCCUGCAGCUGUGGCAGCAGCAGCAUCUGGACAGCCGCAGCAGCAACUUCUCCAUCCCGUGGUCAAUGGCAUUGCCAAUCUAGAGUCUAAUGGAGGGCUGAGUGAGUGGUCCAGAUCGGCCUUGAGGCAGAAUGUUACGGAGGUCACUUCUUUUACCAAUUUUUCCGAGGUAGAUGAAAAGAAUUCCGUGGGGCAUAUGGAAAGAAAUAAUGAUAGCGCAUUUGGGCCCUCUUUAAAGCUACUGAAGCAUAUUGAGUUUCUUCUUACAAGUUGGCUAUAUGGGCUAAAGAAAGAAUUUAGAGCGAGAUUUUCUGAUUUUUAAAAUUUUAUAUUUUCUAUACAGGAAGCAGAUGUCGCCUUAGGCACCUGCCUGCUGAAUUCCUCCAUAGGGUAGAAAUUGAAUGUCGAUGAGAGUUCUUUGGGGAAUCCUUGAUCGUUUGGAAUUGGUGUUGCGACCCAUAUCAACUAUCAAACACAAAAUCCAGCUAUCAUUUUAGCCCUUAAA